UCGUCCCCCACCUCCAACUGGGCGGGCCCGGCAGGCUCGCAGGCGACAGAGGCCGCGAGCCAUGGGUGACUGGGGCUUCCUUGAGAAGUUGCUAGACCAGGUCCAGGAGCACUCGACUGUGGUGGGCAAGAUCUGGCUGACAGUGCUCUUCAUCUUCCGCAUCCUCAUCCUGGGCCUGGCUGGAGAGUCAGUGUGGGGCGAUGAGCAGUCAGAUUUCCAGUGUAACACAGCCCAGCCGGGCUGCACCAACGUCUGCUACGACCAGGCCUUCCCCAUCUCCCACGUGCGCUACUGGGUGCUGCAGUUCCUCUUUGUCAGCACGCCCACCCUGGUUUACCUGGGCCACGUCAUUUACCUGUCCCGGAGAGAAGAACGGCUGCGGCAGAAGGAGGGUGAGCUGCGGGCCCUGCCAGUCAAGGACCCACACGUGGAGCGGGCUCUGGCAGCCGUAGAACGUCAGAUGGCCAAGAUCUCCGUGGCAGAGGAUGGUCGCCUGCGGAUCCGUGGGGCGCUGAUGGGCACCUAUGUGGCCAGCGUGCUGUGCAAGAGCAUGCUAGAGGCAGGCUUUCUCUAUGGCCAGUGGCGCCUUUAUGGCUGGACCAUGGAGCCUGUGUUUGUGUGCCAGCGUGCACCCUGUCCCCACUUCGUGGACUGCUACGUCUCCCGCCCCACGGAGAAGACCAUCUUCAUCAUCUUCAUGCUGGUGGUUGGAGUGAUCUCCCUGGUGCUCAACCUGCUGGAGUUGGCGUACCUGCUGUGCCGCUGCCUCAGCCGGGGGAUAAGGGCACAGCAAGGCCGGGACACAACCCCCGCCCAGGGCACCUCCUCAGACCCUUACCCUGAACAGGUGUUCUUCUACCUCCCCAUGGGUGAGGGGCCCUCAUCGCCACCAUGCCCCACCUACAACGGGCUCUCGUCCACUGAGCAAAACUGGGCCAACUUGACCACCGAGGAAAGACUGGCUUCCUCCAACCCCCCGCCGCUCUUCCUGGACCCACCUCCCCAGACUGGAAGGAAAUCCCCCAGUCGCCCCAGUACCUGUUCUUCCAAGAAACAGUAUGUGUAGGGGCCUGGGACUUAUGACAUUCAAAAGAGGGGUCCUGAGAAAUCCGACUGCUGUGGAGGCCCCCUCUCCAGGGCUCUGCAGAGAUGGCCGGGAUGAGGAUGCUGUCUGGCCAGGGGGCCCCACUGCAGGUAGUUCUUGGUUUCCUGGUGACCAGAGGGCACUAUGGCUUCCACACCCCCGGGCACAGACAGAGCCAGCCCAGGUGCUCUUGAACAAGGGUGUUGUGGGCCUUUUCACCUAUCUGGAGGGACCCAGAGCCACCUUGUUCUACACCUACCCUUCUGGAAGAGUGGCCUUUACCUAGGUUGUCCUCUCAACCUCUCCUCACAGGAAAAGGCUAAUGGAGGCUGCUGGGUCAGCCUUGAUCACACAGUCAGACAGAACCUGCGCUGGCUCUGGCCCUGUCCAGGAGACUAGUGCCUUA